UGAUGAGGCAGCCUGGGAAGAGAGAUGAUGAUGAGACUCAAUAUCCCGGUUACUCUUUAUUGUGUUUAAAUCCCUUACAGUUAUCAUCUUUUACUUGUUUCGUUUUUUUCCUCAUCUUCAUCUUUUUACUGUCUUGUUAUUAGCAUUACAUCUACUGCUGCCUUUUAUUAUUUGUAUUUCAACACAAAACAAACACACAUCUUUGCCAGUGUUUAGUGUCUCACUUACGUGUGUGUUUGUGUGUCUCUGUGUCUCUGUAUUUAUACAUAUUGGUGUGUCUCUAUGGAUGUUUAUUUCAUCUGAAAAUGAUGGAGAGAAAAGUAUCUGGCAAUUCAAUAUCUUCCCUGAUAGGUGAAAGGUUACAUGUUUGCUCAGGAUGUAACGAGUUAAUCAAGGAACAGUGGCUUCUGGAAGCAGCUGAUAAAAUAUGGCAUGAAAGCUGUUUAAAGUGUUCCCUGUGCCAUGGUUCACUUGCUGAAAUGUCGGACACUUUUUACGCCAAAGCUGACUUAUUACUUUGUAAACGAGACUAUUUCAGAUUAUUCGGACAAACAGGAAGAUGUUCAGUUUGCCAGAAAGAGAUUGCCAGCUUUGAACUUGUGAUGAGAGCUCGUGGCAAUAGUUAUCAUCUUGAAUGUUUUGCUUGCCAAACGUGCAAUAAAAGGUUUUGCGUUGGUGAUCGUUUUUACCUGCAUGAUGAUAGGAUUUUAUGUGAAGAUGAUUACGGAGAUAUAAUUAAUUCUCGUCGACAUGUUCAUGAUCAUCUUAACAAUCCGGUGAUUGCAACCAAUAAUUGUGUUAAUAGUAAUGUAAACAAUAGUUCAAAAAAAAGUGAUCAAAGUGGUGGACAUAAUGGCCAUUCAAUAUCUCACCAACAAGGCCACCAGCCUCAUCAACCCCACCAACCUCACCCUCAUCAAGCCCAUCAGUCUCAUCCACAUCAGUCCCAGUCAAGUCGUCUUUACUCAUGCCAUGACCAUUAGUUGGUUCAAGUUGAAGUUACACACCAACAGCGCCCGACAACACGCACAUACUUCACCUUUGGUGACACUUGAUAGUUCAUGAAAUCACCAUCAUCUUCAUCAUUUUUCAUCCCAUUCCUUCUUCCCCCAUCUUCCUCUUGUUUCUUACAGUUUAUUCUGGCCAAAAUUAAGUGUAUAUUAUACAUAAAAAUGUAUAAAAAAAUGAAUAAAUCUAUCUUCAUCUCAU